AUGUUAGACCAAAAGGCUCGAGUUCAAGUGACCAUUCCGUCAUUGUUUCAAUCUCCUACCAUAUCUGAUUUUAUCAACUUAGUAACGAAAAUCACCGAGCAACAAAAUCCACAACCAACAUAUGUCAGUAAGACAUCUGUACUACCUUAUCAACGAGCCAAAUUAACACGAACACAACAACAAUUUUGGUUAUUUUGGAGAAUAAAGCCUGAUAAUUGUUACUACAAUGUACCGAUGGCCAUUGAAAUACAUGGUAUGGUAAAUAAAGACGCACUUAGCCAAAGUCUUCAAUGUUUAGUGGAACGAUAUGAUGCUCUCCGUAUAGUAUGUUAUGAACAAGAUGAGGGUUGUUUGAGGGUAAGGGUGAGGGAAACAAACGUUAAUAAUGAAGAUCACGAUGUUAGUCAUCUUUCGUACGUAUCUCGUUUAACGAUUAACAUCGAAUUAGCUGAAAAUCUUCUUAAACUAGCUGUUGAAAAUGACUGUACGCUCUACACAUUAGUAUUAACAAUAUUCAAAUGUGUUUUAUCGGUAUUCAGCCAUAAUUCAACAGAUAUUGUCAUUGAUACUAUUAUUUCAACACGAUCUCAACCAUAUGUCACAGGUUUAUUUGGUCCAAUGAUCAAUACCUUAGCGUUGAGAACACGUUUACCUGAUACACCCGAAACCACAUUCAUUGAUGUGUUCAAUACAGUUAAACAGACUCUAUCGUUUGCAAUGGAAAAUCAUGAAUGUCCGUUUGCUGAUAUCGUUAAUUGUUUAAGACAAGUGAGCAGUGAUAAAAGCCUUCUAACAUAUAUGCCGCUAUUUCGAGUUAUCUUUGAAAUGAACGGUUACGAUAUGAUCAAUUCCGAAAAGAAAUUUAGUGAUAGAACAACCUGGACGAGUUUCAGUGAUCAUAGUCUGUUAUCACCGUAUACUAAAUCUGUUACUGAUUUUCAAGUAACUGAUCAUGGUGCAGCACAAGAAAUUUCUAUGUUAUUUGACAUCAAUCGUGCUAUUUUUGAGGAAAAAACAGCUGAAAAGUUAUGUGCUUGUUUUGUAACAGCUAUUUAUUGUGUUGUUAAGAAUCCAACGUGCCUGAAAAAUGAUCUGUGGAAGGAAAUUCAGCAAACAGGAUCAAAUAUACAAACUCCUUUGACUAUACAUGAGUGUUUUAAUCAGCAAGCAGUAUGUGAUCCAACAGCAGAAGCGGUAGUUUACAAAAACAUUCGGUGGACUUACGCAGAUUUGUUACAUAGAGCUGUGCAAAUUGGAGCUAUUCUUCAACAGGAUUUCAAUGUCACACAACAUACAAUCGUUGGUCUCUGUAUGAAACGUUCACCCGAUCUUAUUGCUUCUAUGCUUGGAAUUUCAGUUAAACAAACGGAUUAUUGUUACAGCAUUUAUACAUCAGGCUCAACCGGACGUCCAAAAGGCAUUACAAUUCAACAUCAAGCGGUUGUGCGUCGCAUACGCACAGAUAAUCAAUUUAUAAACAUCACGCCUUACGGUAGAACUGCUCAACUCACAUCAUGUAGCUUUGAUGUUUAUAUUCUUGAAGUCUAUGGUGCACUAUUGAAUGGAGCACUUCUCAUUAUCUAUGAUAACAAUUACUUAUUUCAACCGAAACUGUUAGCAUUUAUGUUUCAAUCAGAUAAAAUCAGUCAUGUAUAUAUCCCAAUACCAAUAUUUAAUAUGCUUGUUGAACAUGUUCCUGGUGCAUUUGGUGGUAUGGACUGUAUCCUGUUUGCCGGUGAUCGUGCUAAUCCUCGACUGAUGAGAAACGUUCUAGUUCAAAGUCAACCAUCACCAAAGCAAUUAGUAAACGUAUAUGGACCAACAGAGAUAACGUGUAUUGCCACUUGCUAUCAGGCAUCUAUCGAAAGCUUAGACAAAAUUAUCAGGCAUGGUAGUCAAGUUCCAAUUGGUAUCCCUCUACCGAGCACAUCGGUUUAUAGCGUACGUCAUUACAGUUUGGAUUUGACCUCAGACGAUGAUGAAGGAGAAUUAUUAAUUGGAGGGUUUGGUGUGAGCGACGGCUAUUUAAAAAUGCCAGAAAAGACCGCACUCAGUUUCAUUCCAAAUAUAUUUGAAAACAAUAUUGAUCAUCUAUAUCGUACAGGUGAUAUUGUAAAGCAGUUACGUGAUGGAAAUAUAAGUUUUAUUGGGUGGUUAGAUGAUCAAGUGAAAAUAGCUGGUUACCAGUUAUCUGACACAGAUAUUGCCAUAAUCGGUAUGUCUGCACGUUACGGACUAUUAGAAAAUUCAUCUGAGUUCUGGCAUACACUAGUCAAUAGAACUGAUUAUUGUUCCCAUGUAUCAACUGAAGAACUAAAACAAUCAGGUUUUGAACAACUAUUGAAACAGAAUCCGAACUAUGUCUAUGCUGCGUGCACGAUGAAAAAUGCGAAUUGCUUUGACCAUGUAUUUUUUGAGAUAUCAAAACGGGAUGCAACAAUAACCGAUCCACAACAUAGAAUAUUACUUGACUCAGCCUAUGAAGCGCUUGAAGAUGCUGGUUUAGUGACAGACAAGUAUUCAGGCACAAUUGGUAUGUUUGCUGCUGUUUAUCGAGACACUAAUGCGGAUUAUUAUAAACUAUUUCAAGCAAAUCCACUCGAAAUUUUUGAUGAGGCAAGAGAACAGAGUGACAUCUCGAUGUUUGAUCCAGCUACAGUAAUGCGUGUUGAGAUUGGAAACAUGAUUGAUGGUGCAGCAACAUUUAUUGCGUAUAAACUCGAUUUAAAUGGACCAGCGAUGGCAAUCCAAACAGCUUGUUCAUCCUCUGGCACUGCACUACAUGUGGCACUUCGCAGCAUCGAAGCAGACAGUGGAUAUAAUUAUCAACCUGGGAUGGUUCUGUCGAAAACUGGUUUCUGUCGAUCAUUCGAUGAACAAGCUGCUGGGGUAGUAGGUGGAGAUUGUGCAGGUGUUGUGGUUCUCAUGAAAGCUAAGGCUGUUAAACUCGGUUAUACGAUUCGUUGUUUAAUUAAGGGACAUGCGGUCAAUAAUGAUGGACGAAAGAAGACGUCUUGUUCAGUAACUAGUCCUGAUAUACAAGCACAAUGUAUGAAAAAAGCUUUGACAAUGGCCAAUAUUAAUAAUCCAACACAUGAGAUUAGCUAUAUUGAAGUACAUGGGCCAGGUACAUAA